UGAUCUUUCAGGCUCAUCUCAUUGCUCUCAUCUAUCUCUCACUCUUCUUUCCGCUUGUUUCUGGCUCGUUACGUCGACAGAACACAUGCAAACUAUCUCAAGUCUCUCGGCGCGAUGCUACCCGUGGACCUAGGUAGUUAAACAGCCCACGUAAUCCAGACCUGCCAAUUUCAAAACACAACGGCAGUCGCCAUGCUAGACCCAAGAACCGCACCUGGAGAAAAACUUUCCGUGGGCAAGUCCCCACCAUCAAUGGGCGCUCGCCACUUCUCCUUAUGCUGUCCGCCGCUUCUCUUUCCUCCUCGCACUCCAUCUACCAAACCAAACCCCAAAUCCCAAACCCAAACACCGCCCACGUCCCCAUUCUUCUCCGCUCCAAGUAUCCCAUACCGUAGCACGACUAUUCCUCUAUUAAGAAUACGCCUCACUUCUCCUCCUCGCAUCGACUAGCCCAUUCACCAACAUGAAGCUCGCCUUCCUCGCCACCAUUUACUUAUUCAGCCUCACCC